CUUCUCUCUCCGCCAUGCUAGGGGGCAGCACUCCUCCAUCGCUCCUCGGCCUCGGUUUUCCCGUGCUCUCCCGGAAGCAGCUGCUAGGCCGGGCUCGAGUAGCAGGCAGAUGAGCCGCUAGUUACUAGGCGCUGCAGGCCCGGUGCCGUGCUCGGGUGCUCCGUCCUCAGGUACUCGCUCAUCACCCGCAGGCCCGGGUCGCCCCAAUGCCAGAGCAGGGACCGAGGAUGAACGGCUUCUCUCUUGGGGAGCUAUGCUGGCUCUUCUGCUGCCCGCCAUGCCCGAGCCGGAUCGCUGCCAAGCUGGCCUUCCUGCCCCCGGAGCCCACAUACACGGUACGGGAGACAGAGGGGGCCCCGAGCCAGGCCGCGGCGCAGGGGGACGAGCAGAGCGAGCCUGCGGCCUGUCCUCCUCCGCCCUGCAGCCUGCACCUGACGGAGAGGGCGGACUGGCAGUACUCGCAGCGGGAGCUGGACGCGGUGGAGGUGUUCCGCUGGAGGACGGACCGGGGCAGCUGCCUGGGCUGCAUGUUCGUGCGCUGCGCCCCCGGGAGCCGGUACACGCUGCUCUUCUCUCACGGGAACGCCGUGGACCUGGGCCAGAUGUGCAGCUUCUACAUCGGCCUGGGCUCCAGGAUCAACUGCAACGUCUUCUCCUACGACUACUCCGGCUACGGCGUGAGCAGCGGCAAGCCCAGCGAGAAGAACCUGUACGCGGACAUCGAGGCGGCCUGGCACGCCCUGAGGACACGAUAUGGAGUCAGCCCUGAGAACAUUAUCCUCUAUGGCCAAAGCAUUGGCACUGUCCCUACGGUAGACCUAGCAUCACGUUAUGAAUGUGCAGCUGUCAUUUUACAUUCCCCCCUUAUGUCGGGGCUGAGGGUUGCUUUUCCCGACACAAGGAAGACCUACUGUUUUGACGCCUUCCCCAGCAUUGACAAAAUUUCCAAGGUGACGUCCCCAGUACUAAUAAUCCAUGGAACAGAAGAUGAAGUGAUUGAUUUCUCCCAUGGCCUGGCAAUGUAUGAGCGCUGCCCACGGGCUGUUGAGCCUCUGUGGGUGGAAGGAGCAGGGCACAAUGACAUAGAGCUGUAUGCGCAGUAUCUAGAAAGACUAAAGCAGUUCAUAUCUCAUGAGUUACCCAACUCUUGAGAGCUUCCUCCGGUCUUACCUCAUUUACUGUGAACGGCAGGAGCGACGAGUCUAUAAAGACGUGUCCACUAUGGUGCUGGGCAACCAUACCAAUGCCCAAAUAUGCCCACACUGGGGCUGGAUUAUUCAGAUCAAGCAUCCAGUGGCACCCGUCUUUUCUUCUUUAGUUUUCAUUUUUCUUGUUCAUGUGCUGUCAGCUGCUGUAACUAAAAUCUCAGCCUUUUAGAGGAGUCCACAAACAAGGAUCCGGAGCCUCAUUUUCUAGAGCACAGUUUAUAGAACCUGUUUACACGACGACAUUUUGGAGGACAUCAUUAAGCUGACUGUUCCUGUAAUAAAAUAAAAAGCUCUGGGGCCGCUGGCUUUCUUUUUGGAUCUGAUGCCGAAUUUUAGCUGAUACUACACAUAUAUUCUACUUCAAUGGAUGAUCUUUUUUAACUGAAUCAAGAGGAGUUUUUUGCUUGUUUGGUAAAUUAUACACCGUGGUAUUGUGGUGGGGCAUUUCCUGGCAGAUUUGUUAUUCCCGAUAGGAAGUUGAUUAAUCAAGUAUUUAUCUCUGGGUAAAUUAUUUCCAUUUGAUAUCAUGUACGAUGAGUAAACGGAUAGUCCAUAGGUCAUUAAUAAUCUUUUGAUAAAUUCUUAACCUGGGCUCAUGGGACAUUCGCAUAAGCAGAAUGUGAUGUAAAAAUUUUAAUGUGAACCUUUCUUGGUAGAAAACUGUAACUCCUUUUUGCCUUUUUUGUUUCUGUUCCCGUACUAAUGCAUUCCAUAUCUGUUAUCGACACUAAAGUCUUGCCGUUCUGUUGACUUCUUGUCCUGAGAAAUGACUGGCCCAUUUUUUUUUUAAACUACUCCAAGGGUUUUGUUAACUUUUUAUCCCUGGAUUUGUUUUCUUUUUCUAUUAAGUGGUUUUUUAUAAGGAUUUGUGAGAGAAACUCUAAGAAUACAAAAACCCGACUUCAGUUUGUAGAAUAUUUUCCCCUUUUUUUGACACUGGAAAGGCACAAACUCUUGAGUGUAACACUACAUGUUUGGGUCUGAAUAUGUCCCCUUGCUGGAGAGAUGUAGGCUCGACUCGGUUCUCUAUCCCUGUGGGUGAACGGGUGAACGUCCCUUUUCAUUGAUUUCUGGCAUUAAAGGGAUUGUAGACCUGAAUUAUACUGUGAGUCUAAGAAAUAGUUUUGUUAACAGAAUAUGCUCUGAUUUGUUUGUUGCUUGAGGACCGUACUAAAUUGUGUUGGAAUAAAGACUGCAUGGAAAGGA